AUGGACAGCAUUCUCAAAGCCGCCGGCGGCAGCCUCAACAACAAAGAGGGCGGCGAGUCCAACAAGUUCAUGGACACCAUCAACAACGCCGCAGGUGGCGGCGAAAAGUCGGAGCAGCAGGAAGAUGGACUGGACAAGGCCGUCGAUUUCGUGCAGGAAAAGGUGCUUGGCCAGGGCCAGCAGAGCAACGAGACCGCGGCCGAGCAGGCCAAGGACGAGGCCGUCUCCGACUACAUCCGCGACAAGUACAAGGGGACCACUGGCAGCGAUUUCCCCAUCGCGGACAAGGAGAAAAAGUAUGGAGUUUAG